AUGUCCUCUUCCAUCAGAAUUGAAUCUGUCGUGAAGGAGAAGACCAGGAUGGGAGAGUGCCCGGUUUGGGAAGAAAGGGAGAAUGCACUCGUCUAUGUAGACAUUAACUCACAAAAAGUUUGCCGCUGGAGCCCACUCACCAACGAGGUGCAGAGCGUGUCCGUGGAUGCCCGCGUCGGCUCGGUGGCAUUGCGGCAGUGUGGGGGCUACGUCAUCGCCCUGGGGACCAGGUUCGCCUUUCUGGACUGGGACACACGGGCGGUCACCACCAUCCUCGAGCUCGAGCAGGAUAAACCUAACAACAGGUUCAAUGAUGGAAAAGUGGAUCCAAAGGGGAGAUUUUUUGCUGGUACGAUGGCUGAAGAGACGUCGCCGGGAGUGCGAGCAAGGCGGCAAGGCGCUCUCUAUACCCUCUUCCCUGACCAUUCGGUAAUAAAACAGUUAGACCAGGUGGACAUCUCCAAUGGUCUGGAUUGGUCCCUGGACCACAGGACCUUCUUUCACAUCAACAGCCUGGCAUACGCCGUGCAUGCCUUCAGCUACGAUGUGCACACUGGAAAGAUCGCCUGCCCCAAACUUUUGUACCAUCUGGAAAAGGAGGAGCAAAUGCCUGAUGGGAUGUGCAUCGAUGCGGAAGGGAAGCUCUGGGUGGCCUGUAUCGAUGGCGGGAGAGUCAUUCGUGUAGACCCAGAGACAGGAAAAAGAAUCCAAACUGUGAGGCUGCCUACUCCAAGGAUCACCUCUUGCUGCUUUGGUGGAAAAGACUACUCGGAAAUGUACGUGACUUCUGCCUACGAUGGGCUGGAUGAGGCCACCUUAGCCAAGGAACCUCACGCAGGAGAGAUAUUCAAGAUAACAGGCCUGGGUGUGAAGGGGAUCCCACAGAAUUUCUAUGCUGCUUGA